AACGGCUAGAGAAGCCCAGUGAGUUAGGAUGGAGGGCGGUAGGACCGGAAAAAGACGUGGAAAAGCUGCGAAAACAAGCCUUUGAAGCCUGCACGCGCGGGCCCAGCUCUUCAUCCGAGUUCCUCAUCCGGGACCCUCACUCACAUCCGGGACCCUCACUCACAUCCGGGACCCUCAUCCUGGGCUUUUACCCACAUCCGGGACCCUCAUGCCGCGGCGGGGUGAGGGGGCCCUCAUUCUGGGCCCUGCACUCCGUCGCCGGAAGUGCUACCGAGAAGCGCCGGCCUCCGGGGUGUCUAGAGCGGCCCGGGAGAAGCUGUGGUGGCCCGGAGCGCGGGUGUGUAGGUGACAGGACAGCUGCCAGGCCCGCCCCUCCCCUCGUGAUGGUCAUUGUCCUCCAGAGCAGUGAUGGAGGAAAUACCAGCCCAGGAAGCAGCAGGGUCACCAAGGGUCCAGUUUCAGUCUUUGGAGACCCAGUCUGAGUGUCUGUCCCCAGAGCCUCAGUUUGUGCAGGACACGGACAUGGAACAGGGACUCGCUGGGGCUCCACCUGUUCCCCAGGUGCCUGCUCUUCCCUGUGAGGGAAGCCCAGGAGACCAGGCAGCUGCGCUCUUGACAGCCAGGUACCAGGAGUUUGUGACAUUCGAGGAUGUGGCUGUGCACCUUACUCGAGAGGAAUGGGGAUACCUGGACCCUGUUCAGAGGGACCUCUACAGAGAAGUGAUGUUAGAGAAUUAUGGGAACGUGGUCUCACUGGAUGGAGAGACCAGAGAAGAAAACAAGCUGUCGAUUCCUAAGCAGAAAAUUUCGGAAGAAGUACAUUCGUACAAAGUGAGAGUAGGAAGAUUCAAACACGAUAUUACCCAAGUUCCUGAGACUAGAGAAGUGUAUAAGUCUGAGGACAGAUUAGAAAGGCUUCAGGAAAUUCUAAGGAAAUUUCUGUACCUGGAGAGAGAGUUUAGGCAAAUAACAAUCAGCAAGGAAACCUUCACCAGUGAGAAGAACAAUGAAUGUAAUGAACCCGAGAAAAGCUUCAGUCUGGACUCUACUAUUGAUGCGGAUCAGAGAGUUCUUAGAAUACAGAAUACCGAUGACAGUGAUAAGUACGACAUGAGCUUCAGCCAGAAUUCAGCCUCUGGUAAACAUGAACACAUAAAUCUAACACAGGAUUUUCAGAGUAGUGAAUGUAAGGAAAGCUUAAUGGAUCUCUCCCACCUUAAUAAAUGGGAGAGCAUCCCUAACACUGAGAAAUCCUAUAAAUGUGAUGUAUGUGGGAAAAUUUUCCAUCAGAGUUCAGCCCUUACUAGACAUCAGAGAAUCCAUACUAGAGAGAAGCCCUACAAAUGUAAAGAAUGUGAGAAGUCUUUCAGUCAGAGCUCAAGUCUUAGUCGACAUAAAAGAAUACACACUAGAGAAAAACCUUACAAAUGUGAAGCAUCUGAUAAAUCCUGUGAAGCGUCUGAUAAAUCCUGUAGUCCAAGCUCAGGCAUUAUUCAGCACAAGAAAAUUCACACCAGAGCCAAAUCUUACAAAUGUAGCAGUUGUGAAAGAGUCUUCAGUCGUAGUGUCCACCUUACUCAACAUCAGAAAAUUCACAAAGAGAUGCCCUGUAAGUGUACUAUAUGUGGCAGUGACUUCUGCCAUACUUCAUACCUACUUGAACAUCAGAGGGUCCAUCAUGAAGAGAAAGCCUAUGAGUAUGAUGAAUAUGGGUUGACCUAUAUUAAACAACAAGGAAUUCAUUUCAGAGAAAAGCCCUAUACGUGUAAUGAAUGUGGAAAAGACUUCAGAUUGAAUUCACAUCUUAUUCAGCAUCAAAGAAUUCACACAGGAGAGAAAGCGCAUGAAUGUAAUGAAUGUGGAAAAGCUUUCAGUCAAACCUCAUGCCUUAUUCAGCAUCACAAAAUGCAUAGGAAAGAGAAAUCAUAUGAAUGUAAUGAGUAUGAGGGCAGUUACAGUCAUAGCUCAGAUCUUAUCCUGCAACAAGAAGUCCUCACCAGACAGAAAGCCUUUGAUUGUGAUGUAUGGGAAAAGAACUCCAGUCAGAGAGCACACCUGGUUCAACAUCAGAGCAUUCAUACCAAAGAGAACUCUUGAAUGUAAUGAAGAUGGGAAGACAUUUAGUCAAAUUCAGGCUUCAUUCAGCAUCUGAGCACUCACACCAGGGAGAAAUCAUGUAUGUACUGCAUGUGGUAAAACCUUCAGUCAUAGCUCAACCAUUGCUCAGCAUCAGAUAAUUCACACCAGAGGGAAACCCUCUGAAUGUGACGAAUGAAGAAAAGGUAUUAGUGUUAAACUUCUAAUUGACUCCGGAAAUCGAUACCAGUGAGAAAUCUUAUAAAUGUAUUGAAUGUGGUAAAUUUUUCAUGCUGUUAAUAUUUUCAUAUCUUAGUCACAUUCGGAUAAUUCACACGGGAAUAAAAUUCCAUUGCUGCAGUGAAUGUGAAAAAGCCAUCAGUCAAAGAAACUACCUUGUUUAGUAUCAAAUUCAUGCCAUGCAAAAAGAUUAUAAAUGUAAUAAACAUGUAUGUGUGUGAGGAGAUUCAGUCAUAACCCAACACUCAUUCAACAUCAAAGAAUUUAUACCUAAGAUAACUUAUUUGGGUGUAGUAAAUGGCAAAUCUUUCAAUAGGAGUUUAGUCUUUGUCAUAUCAGAAUAUCCGUAGUAGACAAGAAUUUGAUGUAAUGCAAAUGGAAAAACUUGACACCACAUUUCAGGCUUUACCCAACAUCAAAAUAAUGGAGAGAAAAUUGUUGAUUAUUUGUUUAUGAAAUUGUUAAUAUGUAGUCCCAAUCUUUUUCAUUACACAAAAAUCUAGGGUUGACUUGGUAAAUGCAGUGCCAUUUUCUCAUGGAGUUCCUUUAUUUAAUAUGUAUUCUAAGUAGGUACAUUUAUUUUUACUUUUUUAUUAUAAUUUUGAUAUUAAAAAGAACAGAGAUGGGGUCUUGCUUUGUUGCCCAGGCUGGUCUCGAAUUCCUGGCCUCGAGCAAUCCUCCCACCUGUCCUCCCAAAGUGCUGGGGUUGCAGGUGUGAGUCACUGUGCCGGGCCUAUUUUAUUCAUAGAACUCAUUUAAGCUGUUUUUAUUUUAAUAUGCCCUAUAAACAUUUUUAUUUUUUUUUUUGAAAUUGGUUCUUAGUGUUCACAACUUCCGUAAGAUACUGCUAAUGCACCAGUGUUAAAACACAUCGACAUAAGUAGCUCAUUUAGCUUUUUCUGCUGUUCUUGGCCUAAGUUCUCUCCAAAACCAACUCUUAGGCCUGCUCUUUACUAGGGAUCCUAUGUCAUAUUGCUUUACAGCCACAACACUUGGAUUCCUGUUGAUUAACUUCUCCAUUCUCUUAAGCACCUUUAGAAGAUUUAGAAGUUUCCUAAUUUUAAGCGUUUCACCAGCAAGUAUUCCAUACCUACUUGAUGUUGCUGGUCUGGUGUCUUAUUUCCUAAAGUGAAGCAUCUUUUUUAGAAAAAUAAUUGGAUUGAAAAUACAUCCAGUCCAAUGUAAGUAUGAAGGAUUCUCUCUCCUGAGAUUGUAGCAGGCAGCCAGACAUUUUCAAAUGAUGCCCAAGGUUUUAGCUGUCUUAUGUGCAUCCACAGUCUGCGAAGAAGAGAGAUGAUAAGGACAUCAGGGAGCCACCAAGACUCCUGGUAGCCUCACUACAUUCAUCCAGUGCCUAUUCUGCAUGCCUAAGCUUAGAGUUCUUUUAUAUACCUCUCAGGCCAGCAAAAUGCUCAGGUCUGCUUUUGGUAGGGUAAACAUAAAGAAGAUACACAGGCUGGGAGCGGUGGCUCACACCUGUAAUCCCAGCACUUUGGGAGGCUGAGGCAGGUGGAUCACGAGGUCUGGCGAUCCAGACCAUCCUGGCCAACUUGGUGAAACCCCGUCUGUACUAAAAAUACAAAAAUUAGCCGGGCCUGGUGGCUUGCGCCUGUAAUCCCAGCUACUCAGGAGGCUGAGGCAGGAGAACUGCCUGAACCUGGGAGGCGGAGGUUACAGUGAGCUGAGGUCACGCCACUGCACUCCAGCCUGGGCAACAGAGCGGGACUCUGUCUCAAAUAAAUAAAUAAAUAAAAUAAAAACACACACAAAUCAGCAUCAUAAGGGAAUGUAGCCUUCCAACAGAGAUGAUGCUGUUCUUAUGUUAAUCUCAGAGACAGUAUUUCAAGAGAGUGGCAGGUCUGUUCCUGGUAAAAUUUUAACCAUUAGGAUUGCAGAUAAAUAUUGAAUUCUGCUUCCCCCCUCAUCAAUCCAGGACAGUAUUUGAAGUGUGAGGGCUUUGUGUACAGUUGUUUAUCCAUUGCCACAUUUUUGUAUUUUAAUAGUCUACAGGCUAUAUAAAAGAACAUGGCUUUUUGAUUGAUAAAAGUGAUUACAGAUGUUGGCUCAAGUUCAGGGCCACCAUCAUACACCGAACAAGAGUUCAUGAUUCUUUAGGUAAUGUCAAAACAUUUUGUAUUUUUCUGUCUUAAGCUUUAUAACAUUUUGUGAGUGAGACAGAUGUUGUUUAAAAUUCUUGUUGUCAGUCCAGCAAUUGAGGCUUUCAUAGUUCAGUGUUAAUAAUAUUCAGUAGGGACCCUCAACAAAUAUAUAAAAAUAUAUUGCUCACUCUGUAAUCUUCCUAUGGCUAACCUCUAGGAUAGUUCUGCCACUAUAUUUUACUUCUUUGCCAUCAGCAAGAAUAGGAUCUCAUCAAGGCAAGGUAGGAAUCUAAAUGAAAUUGAUAUAUAAAUGAAUUGAUCUAAAUGUAAAAGCAAAUGAAAAAUGCAUGUGUUUUUUCCUAUCAAACAUGUAUACCCUUAUGUAUAGAGACCAGUAGUCACCUGUGGUGACUGAAACAGGAUUAUGUAAUCCCUAAAAAGCAGAAUAUGUAAAAAUCACAUGUAUGCAUUUGGUUUAGGAAUGUGCUUUUGUACUUCCACUUGAAUAAAGGUGUGUUUGGUAUUCUGAGAA